AUGUCACUGGGGGCCGAAAGCCAUGCAGCUACAUCGACGCUGAAGAGACUUGCUGCAGACAUGAGCAACAUCAUCGAGAGCCUGGACACCAGGGAGCUGCACUUUGAUGGGGAGGAGGUCGACUCCGAGGUGCUAAAUGACCCGAAAGGCACCGUGUGCAUUCCCUUCUCUGCCAUCUAUCACACCCGUGGGUUCAAGGAGCCGGGCACGCAGACGUACCUCACAGGAUGUCCUGUUCGAGUGCGGGUGUUGGAAGUUGAACGGUUUACAUCCACAAAGAAGGUACCAAGCCCCAAUGUUUACACCAUCGAGCUGACUCAUGGAGAGUUCACCUGGCAGGUGAAGAGGAAGUUCAAGCACUUCCAGGAGUUUCACAGGGAGCUGCUGAGGUACAAAGCCUUCGUGCGCAUCCCUAUCCCUACCAGGAGUCACACGGUGAGGAGACAAUCCAUCAAGAGGGGAGAACCGAGGCAGAUGCCGAGCCUGCCGCACACGGCGGAGAGCACGGUGCGGGAGGAGCACUUCUCCAGCAGGAGGAAGCAGCUGGAAGACUACUUGACAAAGAUCCUAAAGAUGCCGAUGUACAGGAACUACCACGGAACAAUGGAGUUCAUUGGAGUAAACCAGCUGUCAUUCAUCCAUGACCUGGGACCGAAGGGCAUAGAAGGUUUCAUCAUGAAGCGCUCGGGGGGGCACCGCAUACCCGGCCUGAACUGCUGUGGCCAAGGAAGGAUGUGCUACAGAUGGUCCAAAAGGUGGCUGGUGGUGAAGGACUCUUUCCUCCUGUACAUGAAGCCAGACUCGGGGGCUAUUGGCUUUGUCCUGCUGGUGGAUAAAGAAUUCAGCAUUAAGAUAGGCCAGAAAGAAACGGAAACUAAAUACGGGUUGCAGAUCGACAAUCUCUCUAGGUCGCUGAUUUUGAAGUGUAACAGCUACAGACACGCCCAGUGGUGGAGGCAGGGCAUAGAUGAGUUCAUUCGGAAGCACGGCAAGGAUUUCCUCACGGAGCACCGCUUCGGCUCCUACGCCCCCGUGCAGGAGGACACGCUGGUCAAGUGGUAUGUAAAUGCCAAGUCCUACUUUGAAGAUGUCGCAAACGCCAUGGAAGCUGCUAAGGAGGAAAUCUUCAUCACGGAUUGGUGGCUGAGCCCAGAAAUCUUCAUGAAACGACCUGUUGUGGAAGGGAAUCGCUGGCGGCUGGACUGCAUCCUCAAACGGAAAGCACAACAAGGAGUGAGAAUCUUUAUUAUGCUGUACAAAGAGGUGGAGCUUGCUCUAGGGAUCAACAGUGAAUACAGCAAGCGGACGCUCAUGCGCCUCCAUCCAAACAUUAAGGUGAUGAGACACCCAGACCACGUCUCCUCCUCCGUGUACCUCUGGGCCCACCAUGAGAAGCUUGUCAUCGUUGACCAGUCCGUGGCAUUUGUGGGUGGCAUCGACUUGGCCUAUGGCAGGUGGGAUGACGACGAGCACCGCCUGACCGACGUAGGCAGCGUGAAGCGGGUGGCGGCAGUGAAGUCGGUGUCCACGACCAACCUGGCAUCCGCAGCAGAGCCAUCUGAAAGUGUCCCGCUGCGGCCUCAAGCUCUGUCCCCAGAGAGCCCUUUGUUCCAGAGAAAUGCCGAUGAUGCCCCAGACACAUCAAAAAUGAAGGGUGUAGGAAAACCCAAAAAGUUUUCAAGGUUCAGUAUUUACAAGCACCUGCAUAAACACGGCAUGCACCACGCUGACAGCGUCAGCAGCAUAGACAGCGAGUCAAGUUACUGUAACCCCACUAGAAGUCAACCGAAUAUAAUCCAGAGUUUAAAGCCCCAUCUGAAAAUGUUCCAUCACCACACUGAAUCCAAAUGGGGGCUUGCUGAGCCUCAGGAGGAUAAAGGAUCCAUCCGCAGCUUGAAGACGGGUGUUGGUGAGCUGCUUGGGGAAACGAGGUUCUGGCACGGGAAAGACUACUGCAACUUUGUCUUUAAAGACUGGGUUCAACUUGACAAGCCUUUUGCUGACUUCAUUGACAGGUACACCACCCCGAGGAUGCCCUGGCACGACAUCUCCUCCGCGGUGCACGGCAGAGCGGCGCGCGACGUUGCCCGACACUUCAUCCAGCGCUGGAACUUCACCAAGAUUAUGAAGCCCAAAUACCGGUCCCUGUCCUACCCAUUACUGCUGCCAAAAUCUCAGCAAACUGCUAACGAGCUGAAGUAUCAGGUGUCCGACACUGUUCGUGCCACAGUCCAG